UUCGAAUCCGGUUCAAGGAAAGUGUCCUCGGUUCACCUCUCAAAACAACAGCGUCAAUAGAGAAGACUUGAGAAUAGAAGACGAGACAAGACUGGGAAGCAAAGCAGUAAAAAUCUCAAAAAAACUGAAAACAAAAUUCGAGCAAAAAAACAUCAAGCAGAGAGAUGGAAGAAGAUAACAGCAGUAGCAGCGCUAAUUUAGAAACAUCAAAGGCAGAUAAAUCUGUUUGGUUGAUGAAGUGUCCAGUAGUGGUUGCGAAGUCAUGGAAAACUCAUACCUCCCCUUCUUCUUCAGAUUCUGCCCCUCUCGCUAAAGUCGUUCUCUCCCUCGAUCCUCUCCAAUCUGACGAUCCCUCUGCUCUUCAGUUCACUAUGGAGAUGGCUCGCACCGAGGCUGGGAAUGUACCGAAGAGUUAUUCUUUGAAUAUGUUUAAAGACUUUGUUCCUAUGUGCGUCUUUUCCGAGACACCUCAAGGGAAGGUCGCCAUGGAAGGGAAAGUGGAACAUAAAUUUGAUAUGAAGCCCCAUGAGCAGAACAUUGAGGAGUAUCAUAAAUUGUGCCGUGAAAGGACGAAGAAAUCUAUGGUUAAGAUUAGGCAGAUACAGGUGAUUAAUAAUGACCGUGGAGUUCACAUGAGGCCCAUGCCUGGAAUGGUUGGCUUGAUUUCAUCUAGCUCCAAGGAUAAGAAGAGACCACAACCAGUUAAACAAUCAGACGUUAAGAGAACCAGGAGGGAUCGUGGGGAAUUGGAAGAUAUCAUGUUCAAGUUAUUUGAAAGACAACCAAAUUGGGCCUUAAAGCAGCUUGUUCAAGAAACAGAUCAACCUGCGCAAUUCUUGAAAGAGAUACUGAAUGAGCUCUGUGUGUACAAUAAGCGGGGAACAAACCAAGGAACUUAUGAACUUAAGCCAGAAUAUAAGAAAACUGUUGAGGAUACAGGUGCUGAUUAAUCUUCUCAUCUAUAUUUGUAUGGUUAAAACUUUACCAUUUUUCUCCUGACAGAUAUAGGUCAGUAGCAAACCUUUAUGGAAGGAGACCAAAAAAAAAAAAAAAAAGGAAAAAGAAAAAAAUUGGGCUGGAGGGUGGGAGUGUCUUACUUGGAAAUACUGUGCUUAAGGUGCCUCAACAUCAUGAUUGUGAAAUCCAAUCGGGGGAGACUUACAUAGGUUCAAUUUUAUCAGGUUGGUUAAUAAGAACCCUUUACUAUGUUCCAUAGUUUCAUAAUUUUUGCUGAAGUAACUUGUAAAAUUUGAUUUGGAUGGCGUGUAUCCUGAAAUAGAAAUAGUGCUGGACUGCAUAUUUAAUUCUCUAGCAAUAGAAGCAUACUUUGUUGAGAGAUUA